AUGGUGGAACAGUUUGAUACUAGUGGAGAUGUAAAUAAUGUUUAUAAACAAUUAAAGGUUGGACGCAAACUUUGCAAUAUAAUAAGAGCACAAUCAACAACACUUGUUCGUGCAUCGGUCUGUGCUGCUUUAGUAUCGAUAAUUAAUCCAUGGAUUGAAAUUAUUGGUGAAUUAAUCGUCAAACAACUACAUGAGAUAAUUACAUUAGAGAUAUUAAUUCUUUUACUCGGAAGUCCAUCUGAUGAUAAUGUUGAACUUGCGAUUGAAUUCGUAAAAGAAUGUGGACAAAAAUUAUGUGAAGUUAGUCCACGUGGAUUAAAUUCUAUAUUUUCAAAAUUAGAAAGUUUACAUAAUAAACCACUAAAGAAAUGUACACGAGAUAUGAUUAAAGAUUUAGUUGCUGUUCGAGAAGGUCAAUUUAAAGAAAAUCCAGCUGUUCCACGAGGUCUUGAUUUAGUGCAUAAAAAUAAUCAAUAUACACAUAUGAUUACAUUAGAUACAUGUGAACCUCAGCCAAUACUUGAUCUAUUUACAUAUGAUGAAAAGUAUGAAGAACAUGAAGAACAAUAUAAUGUUAUUCGAGCAAUGUUUUUCCGUAAAAGUAGUGACGAUGAAGAUAAAUCAAAUUUGUCUAUUAGUAAUCAUAAAGGUGAUGGAAAUAAAGAUAACAUUGAUGACGAAAAAAAAGAAAAACAAGAAACAAUUAUUGACGACAGAGAAACAAAUUUAUUAAUACUUCGUCGAGCAAUGUGUUUAGAAAUUGAGUCAAGUGUUGAUCAUGAAAUGAGAUUAUGUCAAAUGAUUGUUAAUAUUUGUGCUGAACAACAAACAUAUGAAGAUUUUUUUGGCUUACUUGGUCAACGAAUUUGUACCUUAAAAAAAGAAUAUGUUAAAUAUUUUGAAAAAGUUUUUCAAGAUCAAUAUGAAAUUGUUCAUGGUCUUGAAAAUGUUAAAUUGAGAAAUGUCGCUAAAUUUUUUGCACGUUUACUUUUCACUAAGUGUAUUUCAUGGGAUGUACUUAACUGUUGUAAUUUAACUAAAGAUACAAAAUCAUCAGAAUGCAUUUAUUUCAAAUAUUUACUUCUCGAAAUAGUGGAAUUUCUUGAUAAAUUAUCUUUAUAA